UGGAAGCGACAGGCAUACCUACUUGAGAUAGAUGCUUUUGCUUUGGAUAAAUCUAAACAAAUUUCAUAAAAGACACCCAAGAGCACAAAUAGAACAAGGACAUAGUUAUAAAUAUACUUACUGGGAGGUUCCAAUUAAAGAUUAUUCACAAUUUAAUAACAACGUUUUCGAGGUCAGAAACUGUGGUGUCCUAUGAUUAGAAAGUGUUUUAUUGACUUUGGCUUUGAUUGAGUCUGGCCUAAACAAUAGGCUGCUUUAAUUUAAUCAUUUUAUUUUGAACGCUUGAAAGUCCCGGAAGAGGCGCUGCAUGUGUCUUGCAGAGACCGCGGGAAAAUGUCGUUAUUUCCUGCUCCCUGAAGAAGGUUGUUGGGUCGUCGCGACAGUGAUUGUAAACAGAUGAUAAAGCAUAAUAACAUGCUAAACAACAUUCUUAGAAUCGAUUUUCACAUGCUACUUCCAGGUACAUCUCUGAGCCAUUGAUUGAGCAUCAGGAGAAUGGAGGGGGAUUUGAUGGAUGAAGUGUAUGGUGACCUCAGCCAAGACCACCAUAACACCACAGCAGCUUUCAAUGAAGAUUCUGUGGAUAUUUAUUUUGGUUUAGAAAGUCCAAAGAUGAAUUCAAAUUCAGAAAGGAACUACACACUCCUCUCACCACAGAAUCUGAAAUAUAUGGACUUAUAUGAAGAAAUCAUAACAGAGGAACAGCAGGAUAGAGAGUCUUCCUACAAUGAGUUGAGGACAAGAUUCAAUGCAGCACAAAGCCAAGUUGAUGAGUUAAUGAGAAGGUUGCAGCAGACUGAAACACAGAAUACAACGCUGAACACCGAGAACAGCCGUCUGAAGAAGAACAUCUGUGCGCUCAUCAAAACAGCUAAAAUGGAGGUUGUGCGGAAGGACGAGGAGAUAAAUAGGUUGAGCCAAAGUUUCAGGCCAAGGAGGGGUCCUGUAGUUCACCAUCAAUCUCAGAUGAACUGCCUGAGAAAUCAAAUUCCAACCAGACAGAAUCCUACGGAGCAGUCACAACCUAGCCAACCACAAGUUCCAACCAGACUGAAUCCUACGGGGCCGUCUCCACCAAUCCAACCACCGGGUCCUAGAAAGGAUUGUGUUGUAAAGGAUCUUAGCCAGCUCCUCUGUAAAGACAGAGAUGUGGUCCACCCCCUUCUCCCUCCAACCCCCUCUGAUGCAACAGUUUUCCGACCACCUCUUCUUGAUGCAACAGUUCUCAGACCACCUCUUCCUGUCACUUCAAAGACAGCUAGAGGAGAUUCAGAAGCUCUCGUGAAACGCACUGUUAGUAGUUCCAGCCAGGACUCUGUGAUUAGACACCCUACACGUGAACUUGGCCCGUCAGACGAGCCGAAACAAACCAAGCACAGAGAAGGCGGAGGUGAAAAUCCCAGGCUGCCCGACUCAAAGGAGCAGCGGAAAUGUAACUCCAAGUCAAGCAAAUACCCUCGUCUCUCAGAUGUUGAAGUAUGCAGGAGAUCAGAGCGGGCUAAAAAUCCAACCUCAGACAUUUUGCAUUGCAGUGCUUCCUCUAACCGCACUUCUGAAGGAUUGUCUAAAGAUUGUGCAGCCUAUCAAUCAAAAGGUUCUAGUCGGCAUUAUAAGGAGCUCAGGCGUGAUAAGGAUGAUGAUAAUAGGCAUAGUAGAAGUACUAAAGACAUUUCCUCUAACAGAAAGCACGCCUAUUUGAAUCAAGCCAGUGUCACUGAACGAUCCAGUGAAUCUUUUAAUCGCAAGGGAGGGACAAGUCCUCCAAGGGACCAUCGAAGGAAAGAGGAGAGAAGAAGAGAGGAUGAGAUCAGAAAAGAAAAGAAUAGAUCAAAAAAAUCAGGAGAAAGAAAAAGCACUUGUACAGAGAAAAGAAGAACAAAGGAAAGUGACCGAUGCAGUACGGACGUAAGUAAGGACAAGACAAUGGACAACAGUAAAGUCGGGGGGCAAAAGACAGAUGAGAAGUCUGAAUUGCUUCCAUCUGAGGCUAAAGUGGCCGAGAAAAGCUCUGUAGAGGAAAACGGUCCAAACAGAAAGUUAAGUUUCAUGGAAACUCUGAAUCUUACCCUGUCACCAGUUAAAAAACCAAGACAGCCUGCUGAAACCAAGGAACAGGAGGGCACACCACCUGAGGAACUUCCUGACGACCAGUCAGCGGAAGACAGCGGACAGCCUGAUCUAGACGAAUUAAUAAUCUUAGACGAAAUCAACAGUAGUGUGGUACAGUCCUCUUCAGAAAUCUCAAUGCCUUCAGAACCUGAAAGUAUUAACCUUAGACAUACAGACAAAGAACCUUGUCAGGAUGCUAGCAAAGGUCUGGCUGAGGCCACAGUGGCCAAAAAGCAACCUAAGUGCCAGUUAGAAGUGGAAGACACUAUUGUCCAAGAUGUCUCAGAAGGUAGGCCUGAGCUGCCGGAGGCCACAGUGGAUCAGAGGACUGAACCCACCACACCAGAACCUCUCAGGAAGAUUUGUGUUUCAGCUCGAGACUGUGACAUUGUUUUGAGAACUCCACUGAAAUGCAGACCUGAACAAUGUGCCUCUGCAAAUAACAUUUGUGAGUCUGAGGAUUUUACUGCUGCUGCUGUCACUGCUACUACUGUUACUGGGAAUUGUGGAAACAAUUCAAAUAAUGGCACUGGCCUAUCUUCUAACGGAUUUACCCCUGACCAUUCAAUGGAAAAUGAAACUCCCAGUGCUUUGGUCUGUAAAAGUCAAGCUGUUGAAACAGUGACACAAGUUCCACCUGCUGCUGCUGUCUGUGUGGGAAAUCCUGCUGUUGAAGGUGUUCCAGGAAAAGAACAAUCGGAAUCUCUGCAAUUGCCACUGCCUGCCUCUGUUAUUUCAAAUUCUAGUCUAGAUGUGACGGCGGAGGUGCAAGAUAUUUCCAAGCAUGGUGUUUCCAGUACGAUUAGCAUGGAGGUAAUUCCAGAGAUCUGCAUUACAUCUGAGAUCGUUAAUGAUGUCACAGAGAUACCUCUGGAGUGUGUGAAAGAGAAAGCUGUUGUGGAACAAAGUUCACCGUUGAGCAGUAUUGCCGUGUCUAAGGUGAGCAGCACAACAGGAGAGGUUGCACCAUCAGCACAGCACAACAGUGGUUUGUCACAAACACCAAAGAAGUCCCUCAAUUCUGAGCCAGAGAAUGAGGAUGUGAAUGUCGAGACCUCUAGCUCCAUUCCAUUGGCCCAUGAUGAGGACUCGAUGAGGCUUACACUGAGCAGCCUUAAAGGUAUUCCAGAUGCCAUCAGCCCACUCACAAGCCCAGUCCGUCCAAUGAGGAAAAGCCAUCAGCCGCCAUGUCACAGCAAACCUGCUUACGUCAAGAGUCUUCGCAAAGAGUUGACCAGUGCUGCUGGGGAUCCCAAUUCAAAGAAGUUGGAUGUGAAUAUGGAGAACAAGAAUCCUGGCCUCUCCAUUGCAAGUGCUACACAACAAAAUGUGGAUUGGGCUUCUGUCCGUUCUUCCAGCCCUGAGGAUGAAUUGGAAGAGGGAGAAAUUCUUAGUGAAGGGGAAGAACCUCCAAUCACGCCAAGUUCUCCAGCCAAAACGGUUAGACCCACAAGCACUGUUAAAAGUCAACAAAUUCCCAAGUCAUCCCCUAGACUUUCCAAGAAGUCGCCUGAAGAGCAAGGGAAUUCUAAACUCCUAAGUAAAACCUUGAGUUCACCAGUUGGAAGCCCCAUGUCAAAAGCUCGCUAUAAAACUGUUCAACCUCCGUUACCCAAAGCUGCCUUGUGUACCGUGGAGGAGGUUAUGGCCAUGUUUGUAAAGAUCCGCUAUGCGUGCAGGAAAAAGUACAUGAAGCUUCGUUCAACCUUCUCUAAGGAACGCUUCUGCGGUGUUAUGGACAUGUCCCUUGACUCUUUUACAGACUUUGUUGAUAGUGUUAGCUUCACUAAACUAUGCAGCCAAGAAGAUGACCUCAAAGUGAAACUGAAGAAUAACAUACUGUCUGUUUUGAGUAAGUUAUCAAAUAAUGGCAUUGUCAACCGCAUCUUUGACCAGGAACCACUUAAUAUGAAGUCGAAGCUGUGGGAAUUUGUGAAUGUGCAGUUAGACUUCUUAUUCAAGGAAAUUCAGACUGCUCUGAGAAGUGUUUGCAAAUCCUCAAAUGGAAACCAGUCUGCAGGAGCUGAAAAAAGGGACUUGAGUCUCUCCAAGCAGCCAGUGAAGUCCCCCAAGCAGCCAGUGAAGUCCCCCAAGCAGCCAGUGAAGUCCCCCAAGCAGCCAGUGAAGUCCCCCAAGCAGCCAGUGAAGUCCCCCAAGCAGCCAGUGAAGUCAUCGGUGUCCACAGCCUCUAAACUUAAAAGACCGCAGGGAGCGGUACAAAAAACGAAUUGUGUGUCCAGAACAUCUGCAAGUAAAAGACCGCGAGAGGAAUUAACAGAGUGUGUUGAACCCAACAUAAAAAGAACCAGGGCUCAGACUCUCCCCCCUUGCAAAACCGGUCUUGGAAGAGGCAAAAAUAUUAAAAUGUCAUUUGAAGAAGAUAAGGAAUCAGAGCCUCAAACCUCAGAUCAUCCUCUUAUGCAACCUCCAAUGCAACCUCCUUUGCAACACGGGUUAGAGAUCUUACCAUCAAACAGCUCUUCAUCUGUUGAGAAAACAGCAGCCUAUGUUCGCCGGCUGUCUCAAAAUGGCUCACUCCAUGACAAGUCUGACUUCGAAAUCCUCACAGAACAGCAAGCCUCCAACCUAACAUUCAACCUGGUGACAGACUCCCAGAUGGGAGAGAUCUUCAAGUGUCUCUUACAAGGGUCUGAUCUGCUAGAAACUAGUGUCUCAGCUGGCGACAAUCAGGGCUGGCCUCUUGGUACUCCUCGCAAAGGAGAGCGCUUCCGAGGCGUUACCACCCCAAGCAAAGUUGGUACCACAACCAAAGUUGGUACUCCCUCUAAAGUCAUUGCCACAUGGUCUUCUAUUUCACCUUGCAAGUUUUCCUCUCCAAAUUCAAAAGUCCAAAUUCCACUAAAUCCAGCUCUGUUGGAUGAGAGUUGCAUGUUAGAGGUGCCCUCCAGCCUACCAGAAGACAAAAGGACAUCACAGUCCAGUGUGUUCUCGCAGAGAUCUUAUUCCAUUUUGGCAGAAGAUCUGGCUGUCUCCCUCACAAUUCCUUCGCCUCUCAAGUCUGACAAUCACCUCAGCUUCUUGCACCCAGCCAACGUGGAGCCCACGUCUGCUCCAGAUAGUGUCAUCAGUGCACACUUCAGUGAGGAUGCUCUUAUGGAUGGGGAAGAUGCUACAGAGCAGGACAUUCACCUUGCCCUGGACACRGACAACUCCAGCGGUGCRUCAAGCGGUGGUGGCAGGACYAGGGAGGCUCCUGUUAACCCCYUGUUUCACUUCAAGCCUCACUUGCCCAUGCAGGCAGUAGUGAUGGAGAAGUCAAAUGAUCAUUUCAUUGUGAGGAUACGGCAUGCAAACACCAGCCCAGACAUCAACUCCAACAACUCAAGUGUCAACUUCACCAACCUAGGCAUCAACUGCACCAACCCAGGCAUCAACUGCACCAACCCAGGCAUCAACUUCUCCAACCUAGGCAACAACUCCACCAGCCUAGUGGUCAAGCCCACAUGCCUAGGAGUUAAAUCAACAAGCCAAGGAGUCAACUCUUCAAGCCCAGGAAGUGUAAAAUCUACCUACCCAGGAAAUAACUCCACCAACCCAGACACAAACUCAAGCUACCCAUGUGUCAACUCCACAAGCCCACAAGUCAACUGCACCAACCCAGGCAUCUACCCCACAAGUGCAGACAUCAAUCCAAGGGCUGUCUCAAGCCCUCAAACACCACCAGGAGAAGAACAACAUGGCAAAGACAAAGCUCAUCCCACAGGAAAAACUCCUUCUAAAACCCAUUUUUCAGAGGCCAGUCCUCCUUUCUACCUUUCCACAAGCACCGAAACAGCAUCUGCGCUAUCUUCACCAUGCCUCACCAUCAUAGAAGACACACCGGAGAGAGACCACAGCAAGGGUAAGACCGGGAAAAAGAGGACAAAGCACCAUGUUGAAAUGAAAGCAAAGCGGCCUAAAAAGGAGGUGAUCCCUGAGAAGAUCAAGCAUAAAAAGAAGUCCUCAAAAAGUGCCAAAGGAAAGGAGACUAGAAGCUCCAGGAGAGAGAGAAGUAAAGUCACUACUCCGCCCCAAUCUACCCCAUCACCCAACAGCCUGUCUGCCAAGAAUAUCAUCAUAAAAAAGGGUGCAGUGGUGGUGACUUGGACAAGGGAUGAAGACCGAGAUAUUCUCCUCUCGCUGAAGAUGAAAGGUGCCUCUCCGGGUACUUUCUCUGCCCUAUCGGAGAAGAUGAACAAGACACCCGCUCAGAUUGCAGAGAGAUUUUCUCAGCUGAUGAAGCUUUUUAAGAAGAAGAAGAUGGCAAGUUGACUUUCCAGAAUCGUAGAAUUUUUCUUUAUUCAAUGACGAUUUCAUGUACUAUGCUUUUUUUAAAACUCAGAUGUUGCAAGGUCAAUGCUCGAAUUUCCCAGUUGACGAAUGAGCAGAAGCAGAUCAUCUGAAUUUGAUCCCUGUAAUUGAUGGCCUUGGAACAGAUGAAGGCCAAAUCAACUAGAUCUCAAACUGAAAUGUUUUUUUGUGGGGUGGUCAGCAUGGAUCAGAAUAUCCUUGAGGUAACAUCCACACAGGCUUCAAUGUAUCAUCUCCCCACAGCCUAAAUUAAUAAGCUGUUUUGGUACAUCUGCUGAUUUAGUGGAUUUGUAAGGUAUUUUUUAUUUUUGUUGCGUUAAAUCUAAUCUACCAUAUUGAUCCUGGGCAAUAUCCCAUAUCAAUUUCACAACUCUUAAUAUGCCCCAGCAAGUUUAUACCGUAUGAGUUAAACACUGCAGCAAUCAUACAUGUAAUUGACACAUUUUAGCAGUAAAUGGGGAAUUGUCUCUAAUACUUUUAUGGAGCAUUGCCGCAUGUAAUAAUGUUACUUUUUAUACAACGUCUGGGGGGGGUUGUUUGGAAAUAAAGAUUGGAACUACAAUUCAGGUCACAUUUAUAUCUUAUUUCAUGCUGUAAGGUCACAUGGCAGAAAGUACAUUUUACUGUACAGUAUGUCAACAGUAUUCUAUUUUGGAUAUAUAUUGUACUGACUUCAAGAUGGUCAGUUAAAUUAAUAAAUAAGGCGUACAUGUUCCAUUUUUAUGUACGAUUCAAGGUGGUAUGUUUCUAGAAAUUAAGGAUUUUAAAGGGAACAUUUCUCGACAUAGAUUUUUGGUUGGUUGGUUUUGGAUGAGUGACUACCUGGUUAACAAAUGUACACUGUAUAUUGUACAUAUUUUGGUUUUGUAAAUAAAGUGUAUUUAUUUAA